CUCUCACACCAGAUUUUGCUCAUUAGUCUUUAUGGCAAACAGGAAAUCAUGACAAAGACAAGCAUCAGAAAGAAGUUCAAGGAGUGGAAGAAUUCCCUUAAGGCUUCUGGGCGCACUCCUGAUAAAAGCCCUCUGUCAAGUCCAAACCAAUCUCACGCAUCGUUACGAAGCAGCCUUGACAAGCCAAAUCCACAGCAGCCGCCCGAUUUACUAUCUUCAUCGCCUAACUCUUCUCAUUUAAAGGCACCUCAUCCGCUGAUUAAGAUAUCGCCUUCUGCCGCGGCUAUAGCAUCACGAACUACGACAGCUCCUCCAGCUGCUGAAGUAUCAGUACCUCAGAUUACAAUUGAACAAGCAACUCCCUCGAAUCUUUGGAACGAAGCCUUCCGCCAAGCUAAUGGCGAAACUCAACAAUGGAUUCAAAACAAUGGGCUCGAUUCACUGGAGAAGGCCAAGUCAGAAGAUCUCAUUAAUUUGAUCAAGAACAAAAGCCAAUUACUCUCCGAAGAGAAAGGCGCGCCUUCGAAGAUUGAAAUUGGGAGUCAAAAGCUGGUAUUCCGCGAAUAUAUCUCUGAUAUUGUCACAUUUCUUACCACGGUCGGCGACAUCGCGAUCAAUUUAGCACCCCCACAAGCCGGUGUGCCAUGGGCCGCAGCAAAAGCACUGCUGAGGAUUCCGAUUAAACAAAUUGAGCAAAUGGCAGCACUUGCUGGAACAGUUCGAUUAUUUAUACGCAUUGUCCAGAGGGGUCAGGUAUACGAGCAUUUAUACAACGCAACAACGGCAGAUGAAGAAGCUGUAUCAAAUCUACGCGACGCGUUGCGAGAUUUAUACGUGACUGCAAUAGAGCUACUGGCUCGGACUGAUGUCUUGAUUAAAGGCGGAUUGGUCAAACAAACGUUAAACGCCAUUCUUCGACCUGAGCAGACUUCAGACCUUGUUUCUGACUUGUUGAUGAAAGAGCAAAAGGUUUCACUGGAAGCUCAAGUCUGCGAGGCUUCUCGCAGUGCUAAGACUGGUUUAAAAACGGAUGACAGAAUAAAGGCCCUGUUGACUAAUCUAGAUAAACUGUCGACGCCCAUUAGUCGAAUUGACAAGGGAGUCGAUAAUCUGCUAGAGGAGGUUGAAAAGGACCGAUUAGAGAGACUUAUGGACUUUAUUAGCUCAGAAAAGUUUGGUAGGGGCCACGUUACUAUUAAAGAAUCGAGGAUAGAAGGGACUGGAGACUGGUUGAUUAACCACGAGGGACUUCGCGAUUGGGAAGCGAUAUCCUCCUCUUCAACGCUCUUAUGUCUCAAGGGAACUGUCGGUACUGGUAAGACGUACCUUACCUCUCGAGUGAUCGAUCAUAUAAAGCAAACCUUGGAAACAUCGGCUCAUGAUGAAGGAUUUGCAUUUUUUUAUUGCAAUCGAUCUGGUCCCUCAAUGUUGGAUCCCUUGGUCGUUCUCAGGAGCUUCGUUCGCCAAUUAUCUUACAAAGCAUACCGCUACAAUCACAUCCAAACCAGCGUUAUCCAGAAAUGCCAAUUAGCAAAGCAAGAAGGGAGAGACCUAAGUUUUGGAGAUUGCAAAGAGCUUAUCCUGGGUUCUCUAAACCUCUAUCCAAAAACUACCUUAAUUCUCGAUGCCUUGGAUGAAUCUGAAAUUUCAACAUAUAAUCUAGCAGAGAUUCUUGUCGACUUAAUGGAAAGAGCCACAAAACCGGUCAAAGUCUUUAUUUCGAGUCGCCCUGGUCGAGAAUAUUUAAAGGCUUUUGAAGACAAGUGUAUAAUUACAAUCAAUAGCAACAACCAAAAAGACGACAUUGAAAAGUUCCUUCGCAAAACCUUAUACUCCCAACCAUUUUUCAACAGGCGCAAAGCGGAAAUUCAGGAAAUAAUUAAAGAGACAUUUAGAUCUCGAAAUGGCGGGAUGUUCCGAUGGGUCUAUUUACAAGUCAAAAGUCUGCUGAAAUGCAUCUCAGAUGAUGCCGUCAAGGCGUGGGCCAGAACGAUACCUCGUGAUCUGAUGGCUGCAUAUGAUCAGUUGUGGGAGAACAUACGAGCGCAGCAUAAUGAAGACGACGUGGCAUUAGCUGAGCGUGCUGUCAAGUGGGUGUUGUGUGCAUUUGAGCCACCUACAUCCAAUAUUCUGCUAGAAGCCGUCCGGUAUUCUCUAGAAAAAGGUGUACUGGUACAGAAGGAAGAGCGCUCUGAAGAAGAAGUCCUAUCGCUAUGCCAGGAUCUUCUGACGAUUGAUACGGCGAGACGGAUAUGGAGGCUACCACAUGCUUCAGUGGCUGAAUAUUUCCAGUCUAGAAAUAUGGCUUUAGGAACAUGUGAUGUGUUUGCUUCUAUUACAUCGCUCAACUUCCUGAUGAGACCUGAAUUGCAGCCCGCUCGUUAUGAACGGAAAGAUAACAAGUUUCAUACUUUUGAAGGGUAUAUUUCACACACAUGGUUCCUACACGUUCAGCGAUAUGACAGAUGGCUGGGAUCCAUGGACAACCCAGAUCCGGACCAAACUCUCGUUACCACUCUCAAACGCUUCUUCGAGUCUGUAGAAGGGAGUGGCUGCCACUAUCGGGAGUGGCUAAACAAAAUUGGUGGAUCGCACAAACACCCGAUACUGAGGCCUGAAAGCAUGGCUUUGUUUGUCAUGUGCCGCUUCGGAUUUUACUACGUUUUGCGUGACUGGUGGGAAGAGGACAAAAUAAAUGAGGAAAUGGCGCUCAAAGAUUCCGGACCACUUGAUAAUUCGCUUACACUUGCAGCUCAAGGUGGAAGCCUACCGAUUUGCAAAUAUUUGGUGGGAGUCAUUGGUCGGGAUAACGCUCUUGCUAAAAGAUAUUACUGGGCCAUCCAAAAUGCGAUUAAUGGACGGAACAAGGGUAUCGUCUCAUUUUUGGUGGAAGAAGCAAACCUCGAUGUCAACCUCUGUUACCGCAGAACAACGGUUGUGCAAUACACGGCAAUGUUUCCGCAGCACGCUGAGAUGCUGCAGUGGUUUGUGGACCAAGGUUGGGUCGACGUAAACAGGGAGGGUGGCAAAUGGUUUGGCAAUGCCCUCAUUGCGGCAGCAGCUUAUUAUAGUGUAAAAUCGGCUGAGAUUCUGCUCAAAGCUGGAGCCGACGUGAAUGCUGCUGUGGAGUGUGGCUACUAUGGCAGUGCCCUUGUCGCUGCAGCAAGUUCAAUAGUGCGCUGGGAUUACGUGAAAAAGAUGCAAUUGCUUCUCAGUCAUGGUGCAGAUCCAAACCAGCUCUUGAGAGGUGGCAAGUACGGCAGUGCACUGGAAGCGGUAAUUCUCAGUCGUUUCUGGUUGCAAGCUGAAGACAGAUAUCGAUUGGCUGAGGAUAUGCCGGUGAUGAAGCUUUUGCUAAAAGCUGGCGCUGAUCCCGCAAUCAUAACUGACCGGGGAGAUCAUGGGAGUGCACUUGCCGCCGCCGCAUGUUGUGGAUUUAAAGACUUCCUGAAGAUGAUGGUUGAUGCUAUUGGGAGAGAACGGGCAAUCGAGUGCCUUGGCCAGAGCAGAUGCCCCAAGAAGCUAUACCUGAGGACUACAGAUAGCAAGAGAUGGUUGCAAGCCAAAUCAGACAUAAUUACUUAUCUUACCAACCAAGUCGGGGUAGAGAAAGAGACUCUUUAUAGAAUUGGGCUGCAGGAUGUCGAGCUCAAACAGUCAGACUCCGGCCCAGGAUUUGUUAUCAGAUACUAUUAAUCUCAAGCUAUUACUAUUUACUGUAUCAAGAUAGCUGGUGCAGAGAGAGACUGAUAGUGGGUUAAACCUUUCCGUUUACGGAAG